AAGGCCGAAACCUAACCUUUGCGUCCUUCCUCACCAUGUCUUCCGGGGCGUGCCAUCAUCGCCUUUUAUGACCUUUUUUUUUUUUUUUUUUUUUUCCCCCCUCGUUUCAAGGGCUCUUGAUGAUUUGCGUGUAUAUCAUUUUACUGGGGGAUUGCUUUCUGGUUGCAUGUUUCUCGCUCACAUACAGGAACCUACGAAAGGCUAUCUAUGUUGCUUGUACAUAUAUUCGCAUUGGCGACCGUCAUCACUCCCCUACUAGACUUCCCAUAAGGACAGAUUUGUUUUAUCCGGACCACGCCAGACGAGGAAAUUCCUCCGUCGGCCAGAUGUACGGAGUAGAGUAUGCAGAUUCUGCGAAGGGGUUCCUCCACCAAUGAAUACUAUCCAAUUCGAGAGUCGUAAUGUCGACCUCGUAUAUUUCAGGAGGUCGAAAGGGUUAGGGAUCCAUUUAAAAUCGAAGAAGGAGCUUAGUUUCAAACAACCGGAGAAUGUCCUGAUUAGGGG